UGCGCCCCUGCGAACGUCCCCGGGAGCCCAGCUGGAGCGAGCGCCCGGGCCCGGCGCGCAGGACUGAAAAGGAGGCGGCGGCCGCGGCUGCGAGCAACAGAUCCCGGCGUCUCGAGCAGAUCCGUUCUUGCAGCUGGGCGAUUUUUUUUUUUUUUAAUUUCAAGAACGUUUGUUAAAUUAGAAAAUCUUGCAUUUUUAAAUGGCGCUGGCCCUGGGUCAGCGGGCGGUUUUCUCUGCUUCAAGAUGGGCUUUGCUGUUUCUGCCGUGGGCACCAGUGGUGGCCUGAUUGUCAGUCUUGUCCGGGCAUUUUUAAGGCCAGGAGCAGAGCACUGCAUAUAGGCGCCCUACAGAGCGGUUUGGCUUUUUAAAUUAUUUUAUUAUUUUGGGCAGAGAACAGUCGAUCUCGGGCAUUUCGUCCUCUUUGCACAAGAGGCUGCGAGUUGGAGGUGGGUCGCUCGGAGGGUGAAAUUACUCCCGGGGUGAGCGAUCCCCAGCUCUGCACACAGUCCAGGCGGCCCCGAGUGUGUGUCCUGUCCCUGCUGGCGCUGGGAAAAUGGAGGCUGUGAUUGAGAAGGAAUGCAGCGCGCUCGGAGGCCUCUUCCAGACUAUCAUCAGCGACAUGAAGGGGAGCUAUCCGGUUUGGGAAGAUUUCAUAAACAAAGCCGGAAAGCUACAGUCCCAGCUUCGGACAACCGUAGUAGCAGCAGCUGCCUUCUUGGAUGCCUUUCAGAAAGUGGCGGACAUGGCCACCAACACACGUGGUGGUACCAGGGAGAUCGGCUCCGCCCUGACCAGGAUGUGUAUGAGACACCGGAGCAUAGAAGCCAAGCUGAGGCAGUUCUCCAGUGCUUUAAUCGAUUGUCUGAUUAACCCACUUCAAGAGCAGAUGGAAGAGUGGAAGAAAGUAGCCAACCAGCUGGAUAAAGACCACGCGAAAGAAUAUAAAAAAGCUCGCCAAGAGAUAAAAAAGAAGUCCUCAGAUACACUGAAACUGCAGAAGAAAGCCAAAAAAGUGGACGCCCUCGGGCGAGGCGACAUCCAGCCCCAGUUGGACAGCGCGCUCCAAGACGUCAACGAUAAGUAUCUCCUGUUGGAAGAAACAGAGAAGCAGGCUGUCCGGAAGGCUUUGAUCGAAGAACGGGGCCGGUUCUGCACCUUCAUCUCUAUGCUGCGGCCUGUGAUUGAAGAAGAAAUCUCGAUGCUCGGGGAAAUAACGCACCUUCAGACCAUAUCAGAAGAUCUGAAAAGCCUGACCAUGGACCCUCACAAGCUGCCCUCCUCAAGUGAACAGGUGAUUUUGGACUUGAAAGGUUCUGAUUACAGUUGGUCAUACCAGACACCACCCUCCUCUCCCAGCACCACCAUGUCCCGCAAAUCCAGUGUCUGCAGCAGCCUGAACAGUGUCAACAGCAGCGACUCGAGGUCCAGCGGCUCCCACGGCUCCCACUCGCACUCGCCCAGCUCCCACUACCGCUACCGCGGCUCCAGCCUGGCCCAGCAGGCACCUGUGCGGCUCUCCAGCGUGUCCUCUCACGACUCAGGAUUCAUCUCCCAGGACGCUUUCCAGUCCAAGUCGCCAUCCCCCAUGCCGCCAGAGGCCCCCAACCAGAACUCAUCCAGCUCGGCCUCCUCCGAAGCCUCGGAAACCUGCCAGUCAGUGAGCGAGUGCAGCUCGCCCACCUCGGUCAGUUCAGGCUCCACCAUGGGCGCCUGGGCGUCCACGGAGAAGUUGUCUAACGGGUUUUCUCACUAUAGUUUACCAAGUGAGUCCCAGGUGGGGCCCGUGGGGGCAAGCCUUUCCCCUCAUUGCCUGCCUGCCUCCCGCCUGCUCCCUCGGGUCACCUCUGUCCACCUUCCAGACUACGCUCAUUAUCACACCAUUGGGCCCGGCAUGUUCCCGUCAUCUCAGAUCCCUAGCUGGAAGGACUGGGCCAAGCCAGGACCUUACGAUCAGCCUCUGGUGAACACUCUUCAGCGCCGCAAAGAGAAGCGGGAGCCAGACUCCAGCGGGGGAGGCCCCACUGCUGCCGGAGGUGCGCCCGCCGCUGCCGAGGAGGCUCAGAGACCACGGAGCAUGACUGUGUCGGCCGCCACCAGGCCUGGAGAGGAGAUGGAGGCUUGUGAGGAACUGGCACUGGCCCUGUCUCGGGGCCUCCAGCUGGACACCCAGAGGAGCAGCCGGGACUCACUUCAGUGCUCCAGCGGCUAUAGCACCCAGACCACCACCCCCUGCUGCUCUGAGGACACCAUCCCCUCCCAAGGUAGGAGGCAGCCUGGGCUGUCCAGCCGGGCUUCCUCGGCGGUGCCAGUUUCAGAUUACGAUUAUUUCUCUGUAAGCGGUGACCAGGAGGCCGAUCAGCAGGAGUUUGACAAAUCCUCCACCAUCCCAAGAAACAGUGACAUCAGCCAGUCCUACCGACGGAUGUUCCAAGCCAAGCGUCCGGCCUCGACUGCUGGCCUCCCCACCACCCUUGGACCCGCUAUGGUCACCCCAGGGGUUGCAACCAUCCGACGGACCCCUUCCACCAAGCCUUCUGUCCGCCGGGGGACCAUAGGAGCCGGUCCCAUCCCCAUCAAGACCCCCGUGAUCCCUGUCAAGACCCCCACGGUCCCAGAUCUCCCUGGGGUGCUGCCGGCCCCUCCCGAUGGGCCCGAGGAGCGGGGUGAGCACAGCCCCGAGUCACCGUCCGUGAGCGAGGGCCCCCAGGGUGUCACCGGCAUGCCCUCCUCCACGUGGAGCGGCCAAGCCUCCGUCAACCCUCCUCUUCCAGGCCCCAAGCCAAGCAUCCCUGAGGAGCACAGACAGGCGAUUCCAGAAAGCGAGGCCGAAGACCAGGAAAGGGAUCCCCCAAGUGCCACUGCCUCCCCAGGCCAGACUGCAGAGAGUGACCCUGCAGACCUGAGCCCGAGGGAGGCCCCGCAGGGUGAAGACAUGCUCAACGCCAUCCGCAGGGGCGUGAAGCUGAAGAAGACCACGACCAACGACCGCUCGGCCCCCCGCUUCUCUUAGGCUCCCAAGCAGUGCUGCCAGUGGGGCCUGAACUGGCUGAUUAACAAAACCUAAUUGGUCUUGAUCCAUUCCAAUCUAGAAUCAGACGAAAGAUUUUGUAGGCAACUAGAACACAGCUCUUUUGAAAAUACCCAACACCUUUAGAUAAGUAUUCAAAGCAACACAUGUAACUGACAUAACCCUGAUCUUUUAAUUUGUAAAUACUGACCGUUUUCUUUCUGCACAUUUUAAUCUUAGUUUCCCUUUUGAUUUUUCUGAAGGUGCCAAAUUCCAUUUAACUUUUUUACAAGUCUUUGUAAAAUUUUAAAUGCAUAAGGGGUCAGGGGGAGGUCGGGCAGGGGAACCACGAAGUAGUUAAUUUCAGAAAAAAAGGGUAACUAUACUUAGCCUUUUCGGUUUUUUUUGUUUUGUUUUGUUUCUUGCAGGCUUUUGUAGAUGCAUUGUAGUAGUCUGGCUUAGAAGCAAAUUCAAGUUAUUUUAAUGUACAAACAAAAUGGAAAAAGGGGUAAAAGUUCUUAUUCAAAUGUACCAAGUUCUGGAUGAGGAAAGCAGGGGUCACGAUUGAUGAGCAAUAUUCGGAGGGAAGUCAGCUGGAGAUGGUAGACGGGGUUGGGGUUGGGGUUGGGGGGGAGGGUCGUGGGAGGGGCACACCGUCAGCAUAGCCAAUCCUGUUACAUUUAAGAGUAGCCUUGUAGGUUGAAUUUCUAGUAGCUUCACGGUAAAUGCAUCCAAAUAAGCCAUACCGGAUUGCAGUGUUUGUCUCCGUAGGGCGCGUAAGGACUUCCUUUCUCCCACGAUUCCUCUUGACUGCACCCAGCACCCACCUCCCGUCCCGUGCAUGCUGCUGCCACUGGGUAGACGUAGAAUCCCCCACUUCCGUUACUCGUCUGUUAUACCCACUUUCACUGAAUCCAAAUACAUCCAAAAGGGUAAGGCAGUUUUUGAAAUGUGAAGACAUUUUAAAAUGAUAGCAGGGAAUUCUUAGAUAUAGCAAAUGCCUUCUACUUAACUGUGCCCAGCAGGCUGGGCCGUUGAAAAGCCCAAAUAUUUUGAAAAAACUCAAACGGAUUUAACAAGGGUAACCAGCCUGGAGUCCAGCAACUUGCCAAUGUGUUUACCAGUCUGGGGGCUUGUUUUUCUUAUCUUCUUUUAAAUAAAUGGCAGUUAAUUGGCUUCAUACGGAAACAUCGAUGAGAGGAGGAUUGAGUUCUUGUCACUGGGAAUCUGACCACUAUACUGUCCCUUUUUUUUUUUUUUUUUUGGUAUUCUAGGUAAUGUUUUUUGGAAUGGACUUAUUAUGUCUUUUGUUUUUUAGGUGAAAGUUAAAUUUGUUGUAAUGCCCAUUCCCUAAAGCCAACAGAGGUUUGUAGAUUUAAAGGGGUCACAUUUAGAGAAUGCAGUGGUGUUUAAAAAGGAAAGCCAGCCCUGAGUCGUCAGGUCAGUUGAAUGUGCUUGUCUGGGGUCCCGACCUCUCAAGGGAAAGGAGCCUGGUGGACCCCACAGACCCUGCAGAUCUGUUGGCUCUAAUCCUCAAUUACAUAAUCUUAUGCUUUAAUACGUAACUGCAUUGGAUGUGACAGAAACGUACCUGUAUAGUCACUGUUCUAUAUAUUAACCUUUAACACUGCUGUGAUUGCUCAAGAACACUUUAUGUUAUGGCUUUCAAGCAAAGGCAUGAUUAUUAGAAACUAUUUAAGCUUUUUUUCUUUGAAAAACAAGCUCCUUUUACAGAAUAUAAGCAACAGUAGUGCCUGUGGUUUAGCCCACCAAUCUUGAUGACUAAAAGUAGCUGAUGCAUUGUGCAUAUGAUGCUUGAGAUGGUUUUUGCAAAAGCAGAAAUCACUGCAAGGUAAUUACAAUAGAUAAAAGUGGUAUUUUAAACCUUUGAAAUAAAUGGAUGUAACUGUACCGCGGUACAGCUUUUCACUUGUUUAGUUUUUAAACGUUAGUAUAAUCUGAAUAAAUUUAAUAUAAAAUGUUGCCAAAUUCAAUGUAGAAAGAAUGUGACAAAACACUUUGGGUAGUUCUGUUUGUGUUUUUGCAUAUUGUAAAAGCAGUGUCACAGCUAAAAAUAAAGAAAUCGUUUCUAAAGGUAAA